GAUGAAGAUCUUAAUUUAAAAUCCCUAACCGGAAGUACUCUGAUCUCAUUUCAGCCGGUUUGACGCAGCUCCUUGUGUGACAGGCGUCCAGAUCUCCCUCACUUUCUCCCUCCAGAGCGCCACAGACACUCAUAACCCGCCCGUUAAGAGGUUUACCUGAACCCGGAGCUGAAGCCUGUGUGGGUGGAUUGUACGACUGAACUACAGACAUUAUUCUUCUCCUGAGAUUGACGGAGCGACGCUUCAUUUUAAUAGCGUUUCUUGAUAUCACAUUCCUGAAGUUUCUGAAGACCUCGGACGACCGACAGCGAGCCCGCCGGAGAUUAUACCCUUCACCCUCUUUGUCUGUGGAGGGAUAAAGAGGAGAGGUCCCAGUGUUUGCUUGGAUAUGGCAUUUCUGUGUAUGAGACAGAGAAAGAGUGAGCUGAUCUGAGGUCAAGGCCUUCCUCCUCUCUCCUCUCCGCCCCCCCCCCCCCGGAGUCACAUGUCAGUGUGAAGCACAACCCCCGGGGUUGCUAUUGCUACACUGACCGACCUAAAUACUUGAAUACUCACUAGGAGAAGCAGCACAGACCGGAGUUUUCAGUUGGGAGUGGAAAGAGCCAAGAGAGAGCUUCUUAUCAACUGAGUUUGCUUUGUGAGCUGUUUACACUUCAGCUUCGUUUCUCCUGCUGGUUUCAGUCACCCUGAGAAACUGACUGCCACCCAAAUCUACAGACUAAUCCAGCGAGUGGACCUAAGGAGCCGCUUCUCUCAGAUACAGGAGCACACAGAGUUUUCUGUGGAGAGACUGAAUCGACCUUUCAGAGGCAAAAUGCCAGCAAAGACGCCCAUUUACCUAAAAACUACGACUCCCAAGAAGGGGAAGAAGCUGAAGCUCCGUGAUGUCCUCUCAGGUGACAUGAUCAGCCCACCGCUGGGCGAUGUACGUCACAGCGCCCACGUGGGGCCUGAAGGGGAGGGUGACAUGUUUGGAGACGUGGGUUUCCUUCAGGGCAAGAUGGACAUGCUGCCGUCCCUGAGCCGGGUGCAGAACGGGCACGCGCGCUCUCACAGCGUGGAGAGACACCUGGAUGAAGUCACCCCAAAACAGGACUCGCACAGCUACGCCUACAACGGUUACCAUUACCAGCACUCCUCCCCAGGCCUGCUGAAGACCACCAUCUCCAUGCCUGUGUUCAUCGCCCACGAACAGGCUCCACCCAAACCCCCGCGCCUCCACCUGGACGACCCCUCGCCUUCUCAGCAAAACCACUUCCACCACCAUCAGCAGCCUACAGAGACCAGCUACAACCAGACGCAGAGCAACGGCUACAGUCACACAGACGGCACCCACAGCCAGCAGCACCCCACGCUGUCACUCUGUGGGAACGGCGUGGUCGGCCGUUUGGCGUCGGAGCCCUGCCGUGACAUCUCCCUCUCCCCCGCCAUCCGCAGGCUCGUCCCCUCUUCUAGCUCCUUCUCGGAGGCCUCCUCCGAGGACUCCAUGUCGGAGACCUGCGGGCCCCUGGACGCUCACCGGGGCCUCAGCCUCGACUCUGACGCCGGCCUGAGCAACGAGGAUCUGAGGAGCGAACGCAGCGAGUCGCCCUGCGCUCCCUUCCAUCUCGCCGGUCUCACAGCCCCGUCCAAUGUGUCGCGGUCAGACUCGAUGGCCGGGCUAGACCUGGAUCUGGGGCCCUCCAUCCUGGAGGAUGUGCUGAGCAUCAUGGACCGCUACAAGGGCGUGGACGACCGCUGUGAGCUGUGAAGAACGGAGAGAUUAAUGAGACAUACAUAUAUUUUUUUAUACAUGAUUUAAAAAUAUCCUUAAAAACUCUGUGAACAGAGUAAAAGAGGACAAGGGAUGAAGGACUGGAGGGUUGAGAAAAUGCCUUUUUUCAAGAGAACUUGCCAGCUGGGUUUAAAGGUAGUGAAAGACUGAAGAAAGGUGAGAUACAUGUGGACUUUAUAGUGCUGGGACGUUGCUGCCCUGCAUGACAGCAGCCAAGGCAACAGGCUGGUCCUUAGGAGCCUUUAUCAAAGCUGAACCUCAUAAACAUUCAAACUGUAAGAUAACAGUUGUUAUCACAAACUUUAGCUAUACAUUCCCCCCUUUUUUUUUUUUUUUUUUCUUCUUUGAACAAAAUAUCAGCCAUUAUCCACAAUGCAUUGUCUUUUAAUCAGACUUCUGUCCACUUUUUUCUGCUUGUUAAUGGUUAACAAACUGCAAACUAAGCCAGAUAUAAAUGUCUGUAGACUAACCUGGAGGGAAAACGGGAGAGAAAUCGCCAGCUGUGAACAAAUUUCAGGAGCGGCAGCAAGACUCGCUUAUCCGUCGAGGGGAAAACGUCAGCUGCUAAUAUUUCUCACAACUUUGUACAUCGGUGUCACUAGAUUAUGCUUUUGUUUACAAAAUGUGAAUUUUUUUCCGCAGUAGAUUUCAGACGACACGUGCUCAGUCCAACUAAGCUGAACAUAAAUAGUAUGACGCUAUAGGCCAUAUUCUGUCCUAAUUCACUUCUGCUGCCUAAAAUAUCAGUUUCAGCCAUGAAAAGGUUUCAGAAGACUGAAUAUUUUCUCUCUUUAACUGUAAUGUUUCAUAUCCAGAUGAGAUGUGCAGAUCGGUUCAUUUUCCUCACAUACUGUAACAGAUGAAAAGCUGAAAUGGUUUCUACUUGCCAUCUAGUGUUGCUUUAGAGAACAGCGGUGCGGACGUUUCAGUAGCAGAUUUGAUUCUUUUGAUCAGAGGGAAACAAGUGAUGCUUAUUCUUGUUGUUUAACUAAUAAAAUGGUGUAAAAGUGUAAGAAAAGUGCUGCUUCGUAGAUCAUUUUCAGAUACUGGUCUUUUUUUAAGAAAAAAAACAAAACAAAACAAAAAUAAAAACACUCAUCUUCCAUGUUGUGGCUCACUGUCGGCCUCCCUAACAUUCACUGUCUGCAUUAUCACAGUAGCCUAUUAUUCAAAAAGUCAUUUAUGCAUAUCUCUGUAAAUGUAUGAAUAAAAUGUUCCUAUUACAAAAACAA